GCCGCAGCUCUCCCAUACAAGUACUUUGGGGGCUGGAGAAGCAUGACAUCAUGCACAGCUCCGACCCUCUCAGCGAAAACAAAGAGUGAAACAUCUUUUUCUCACUACAGGAAAUAACAGUCGACGACACAAACGUCUGCACUGUGAAAUUGCGAGGCGCCUUCCAUAGAAUACACCGGGAGUCAGGCCCUGGUACCCCGGUGUACGCAGAAUCUGGGAGGGGCAUCCUUCCGUCCGUCAGUCCGGGCUAUGGCGGAUGGGGAGGCCGCCGUGUCUGUGGAGUGGGACAGCGGUGAUGGGGGCUUAGCAGAAUAACAUCCCACAUCUGCAUCUAUAUUUUCUCUGUUUAGCUUGGUACUCAGCUCUCGCCAUGGAUCCAGAGAAAACGCUGACAUUCUGCCUCGGGCUGAAGGCUGAGGAGAUGACCAUGUCCCUGCAGGGGCUGGACGGGACAGAAUCUGCUACGAUGACCGUGUCCCUGCAGGGGCUGGACGGGACAGAAUCUGCUACGGUGGUGAAGCAUCAUGGGGGUUCUGGUAGCCGACCUAUUGUCAGCUCCAAGUACUGUCCCGGGGUAAACAACAAUCCGGGUUACCUGUGUGAAACAGGGCACUGCUGCGGAGAGACAGGAUGCUGUACCUACUAUUACGAGCUCUGGUGGUUCUGGCUGCUGUGGACGGUGCUGAUCCUCUUCAGCUGUUUCUGUGCUUACCGCCACCGCCGGGCAAAGCUGAGGAUCCAACAGCAGCAGAGACAGAGGGAGAUCAAUCUGAUCGCCUAUAACGGAGCCUGCAACUACCCUUCCUCAAUGCUGGACCUCAGCUUUCUGGCUUCCUUCAAGUUGCCCUCCUAUGAGGAGGUGGCGGCGCAGCCCAGCACCCCUCCUCCACCGUACAGCUCCAUCUUCGCCCUGCAGGGAGGUGCCAUGGGGGGUCCUAGCUCCUCUUACCCCCAUCAUCACCACCACCGUCACCCGUGCCCUCCCUAUCUGGGCCCCGGCCCUGGUACCAUUGGCCUGACUUCUUCCCAGAGCUCUGACAACUACACCAGCUGCUCCUGCGAGUCGUGCUCCCUCACCUCCCCCUCCAGCACCUCCUUCUCUGUCCAGGUGACGGACGAGACGUAUGACAGCAGCCACAUCUCCACACCCAGUGAAGCAGGGGCCGACUGUGCUGUCAUGCCAAGGGUUGGGGCCUACUUCACACCGACGCCUUCCCCGCCACCUCCAUCACAAAUUCCGCCUGAUGUCAUACCUGCGGUCACUCCAGAUGUCAUACCCGUACAAAGACGAGGACCGUCUUUGUACGGGUAUGACGGCAGUGAAAGAGUCUCACCUCCGGAUCCACCACUCUCUCUUCCUUUACACUCUCACUCUUCACACCCUUCUCGCCUCCCACUUUCUCCCCUCAUUCUGUUAUCUUCCUUUCCUCCCGGUCAAGUCCGUCCUCUCGUCCUCUCAGACCCACUUGGAGCUGUGGCUGUUCAGAAAGAAGAAGAGGCCUCGCCUUGUGGUCCAACCCCCAGAACCACUCUGUCUCCCCCUAAACAGGCUCUCUUCUCCUCAAAUGUCACACAUUGCAACAACAAAGAGGAGCAAAAGCAAGAAAAAGAAGAGGAGGAGGAGGAGGAGGAGGAGGAGGAAGACGAGGAGGAGGAUCAUUUCCGGCAUCGACGGCUAACGGGUGACUCGGGCAUCGAGGUAUGUCGCUGCCACAUGAAGAGAGGGGAGCAAGAGGAAGAGGAACUGCAGAUGGGGCAUUUUGGUAAAGGGGGGAGAGAGGCUGUGAAGGAAGGGGAGAGGGCAGACGUGCUGCAUGACAGCGUGGACUGUCCCGGCCGAGCGAAGGCCACUGUUCACUCACCACGGCUGGGCGACGUCUCCUCAUCCUCCAGUAUUACCCAGAAGACAGGCGAGGCCAUCAUCCUUGUGGAGUCCUCAUAAGCAGACAGCCAGUGAGAUGUAGUAAGACGAGUGGAUAAAGUGAGAUGUUGAUGCUUGAUGGCGUCCUCAUAGAUCAAGACUAGUAGGUAAAAAGUUGAAUCACCGAAGAAAAGUCUUACUGUAAUGGUUGCAAGCAGAGGGACAGGAUGAGCAAUGGAUCCUCUUGUUUUCUCUGUAUUCUAUUUCAAAUGAGAGAAGCCGACACCUCAAAGUCCUAUUUUGUAGUUAAUUCAUUUGUGGUUUGGGAAAAGGCAUAUCUUUUUCUCCAAAGUGAUGUGAAAAUGAAUUGCUCUUUCUCUGUCUCAAUGUCCCAACAUGCUAACCAAAUCCAUUUUACUAAUGGCUCUGUGUCAACAUCCCUUAUCCCUCUGCCGUUUACUUGCUAACAUGCUAUUUUAGCUCUUUGAAAUAAAAUCCCUAAUAGUCAGUGGUUCCCAACCUGGGGAUCGGGACCCCACCAAGGGUUCACAAGAUAAAAUAAAGGGAACAUGUGAUGAUUAACAGUAUAAGAAAGAAGAGAAACAUCAUCCUGUUAAAUUAAGUCUAUGCUAAUUUUCUGAUGACUCCCUAAUCUUUGCUUUUUAUGUGAAAUUAUGGAUAGUUUUAACUCGAGAAGCGAAAAUCAAUCCUUGGUGGGACUGCUCACAACGUCUUGACAUAUGCAAUGUAUGAGAGGGUCGCAAAAAAAUAUUCUUUCAUUGUAAGAGAUCACGCAGCAAAAUGGGUGGGAACCACUGCCUGAUAUAGCAUAUUACUCAAAUCAUCCCAGGCAGCUCAAUCACCGUCUAAAAAAAUGGAACGACGUCUUCUUGAAUUGAAAUAUAUACAUAUUCUAGGAGUAUAUGAAUUGAGAUCACUGAACAAUUAAUGUCCAAAAGACAGCUUUAACAAAUUGUGUCUGGAUCACUUUAUAUGAUCUUAAUUUAUUUAAUUUACUUUCUAACUUUUGAAAAGGACCACAAUCAUAGAACAUAUGAAUCAUAUGUGAUCUUUUUUUUGUGGGGUGAAGUGUUUGGUUUCACCAGCCUACUUCCCCCUGUUUGUCAGAGGAAAUAAUGAGUGAAGGCAACUAUUAUGACUGAUUCAGUAAGUGUGUGUUUUAUACUUUGUCUCUUAGCUUGCUCCCUAAAGGAAAAGGGGAUGCAAACAUUGAUUUUAAAAUGUGUGGGUGACAAAGCUUUACAAUGGUAUUAUGAUUAUAUGUUUUGGACUGUUACAUGAUUAUACUGUUUAAUUUACUGACGUUGGAUUUAACGUGUUUGAACAUGUUCCUGGUUGGUCGUGACCAUUUUUGCAAGGCAAUGGAUAUCUGAUUCCUCCAUGGACGGACUGUUGAGCUUUUACAAGGCAGAAACUUUAGGCCUGUUCUCAUCACUGAUAAUGAAUGUAAAAGGUUAUGCAUCGCAACAAAAAUAUAUAUACUUAAAUUGUUUAUGAGGAUCUUUUUAUAGCAUGAUGCUUGACUGAAAACCUCUGGAAAAGUGUCCAAAAGGGCAUCAAGGCAAUACAGUCUGCCAGGUGUGGGCUUUGAGAUGACACUUUGAAAUGAAGUGCCCAGUGUAAUGUCUGCCUGAGUCAAGUAAUGCUUGGGAAAUAUCAGAAUAUAUAUCAGAGGUGUAACUAUAGGAAGUGAGGGUUUAGAGUCAGAGUCAGAAUAAUGCCUCUUUUAUUAUUGCUGUGGCUAAACGUGUAGUCACUUCUGAGGGUUGGACUGCUUUUCUCUAAAUGAAUUUUGCUUGAGCCGUUUUUUGUAUGUAAAAUAAUUUGUCAGUUGACAUCCAGUUAGACAGUGUCUGUCACUAGAGGUUGAUACCCUUGAUUGACGCUCUGUACUUCCUAGGAUUGUGUCAAGUUGAUCCUGGUGUUAGUAGUGGGAAAGCACACAUGUACUCUCUUGUAAUUAAUUGUGAGUACAUAAUGUGCUGAAGCAUAGAACAAGAUAUAGAAAGAAAGAAUGUCUCAAAUCACAUUUUUGUACAUGUUUGUCUUGCUGUAAUUAUUAUAAGACUGAUGUCUCUAUAGUUAAUUGACUAGAGGGCACUUUGUUGUGUCCUUAGCUCCGUGCAAAGCCGACUUUAUUGUCUAAUGCCUGAAGGCAAAGCUUUCAACUCACCGUUCAUCCUCUGAACAUAUCAAUAUAAAAGCCUUUUGGCUACUGUACAUUUUUUUGGCUAAAUAAUGGACAGUUGUUAUUUUGUUAUUAGUUCUAGCUGAUGUAUGUUUAUGAAAUUAUAUGGUGCCUAGAUGAAAAUAGACUUUCUGUUAGGCAUUCUUUUGUUUACUGCUGCUAUGUGAGUGCGUGUGAUUUCUGUAAAUUGUGUAUAGUCGUACAUCAAAUGGUCCAAACAUUUUCUAUCAGUGCUUAGCAGUCUCUUUAUAAAAUAUACACAGUACAUAUGUGAGACUUGUAAAAAUAGUAUUUAGCAAUAGUAUUCACACUUUUUCCUUACUCUAGUUAAUGCUGGUUGAUAGGAAAUUAACUGUUGUGAAAAAGACAUUUUACCUCUUUAUAUCUGAUCCGUGAGCUGUGCUGGGCAGAGGCCCUUGAUUGUACAUAACACUUAACACUGCAUUUGAAAUGCCUUUGCUUGAAGGUUUCUCCCAAGUGCAAACUCAGAUUAUCUGGUUUUUACCUUAGCCCCAGUUUGUGCCUCUCAUGUAUUACCAUUAUGUUGAGGUCACAGAGCUCAGCAUCCCUGUUUCUGAAAAAUAAAUACCUGAUGAUGAUCUUUGAGAAAAACCCAAACGAACCACACAACACGUUGUUCUAAAGGUACUUUUAGAUUCCUCAAAGACUCUUCCGUCCAAUUGAGGGGCGACGACAUCCUUCCGCUGCGUAAUGUAAAAGAUUUUUAAGCCAUUUCUCAAGUUUCUGGUAGCUUGGAAUAACAUAUGUCCUAAUAUUCGGGAGGAAAACCUGAGCUGUGUGAUUUUGGGGGAAGUGAGUCCCGUUUUAUUUUGUAUUGUGCAUACUAUGAGGAUUUCUGAUUAUCAAUUUUCCAUAAAAUGGUUCUGGUAUGCAAAUAAUAAAAACACUGGAAUGGCUGUUUUGACGUGUUUAAAUGUACUAACUUUAUCUCACAAGCCUGGAAAAGAAGGCAAGAUUGAUUAUUCAAUCAUCAUUUAUUCUGAUUUCUCCAGUAUUAGACAGCACAUAGUACUCAAAUUGGUUGUCCUUACUUUUAGAAUAUUUUGUGGUUUUGUUUGAAAAUCUAUAUAGUUAUUCUGAAUCUGGUCUUUAAGAAUUUGUAGUAUGUUUUAGGUUGGACAUAGUUGUAUUCAUGAUGUUUAAUGUUGAAAAAAGGAAAUAUACACAUAUCAUACAGCGGGCCAAAUAUCUACACAGUUAGGAUAAUCCUUGAGGAUUUUGAAAGUGUUUUCUUUUUCAGAAAAUAAUAUGUUUAGCUAAGUGAAUCAUGCAUGUAAUGGUAACACGCAAGAGGCCAGGACAGGGGCUAGUUUGACCCCAACUCUGAUUUUACAUUAAAGCCAAACUGAUCUGAGUUUAGUGUAUAUAGAACCAGUUUUUUCUUUUGCCUUGUCAGCAGCUAGUAUGUACAGACAAAAUGCCCAAACUCUACCCUCAUUGCCACAGAAGGCCAAGGCCUGAUAUAAGACUGUUACCUCGCUGAGUUUUGACUGCAAAGGACUGUUUACUUCUCCUUAUCAAGAUAGUAUUUACUCUAUAUUUGUACUGACUUUAUUUUGUAAUGCCAAUAAUUGAAGAAUUGAAAAAAACAACAACACAGAGCCCACAUUGAUACGGCUGAACUCAUUUGCCAGGAAAAAAACCAAAACAUCAGAAACCCUGCUGAUUCAGGAUAACCCGAGACUGUUUGAAACAAAGUAUUCUGCUUUUACUCCUGCAGCUUCGAGGCAGCAGGAUUUAUAGAAGUAUCUGUAUGUGAUUGUAUGUGGAAUAGUUCAGAUUAAUAUUACUACAAAAUGUGGUGUUCUUUGAGGGUAUCCUUGUGCAAUUCUACCUGCAGCUCUUUUCAGUGUGUUGUGCGCAUGUGUGAGAGAGUUAUUGUCAGCCGUGCUGUUGUGGUGUUACUUAUUAUGAGGCCAAACUUGAUUGUUAUUGGUAUUUGUUAACAUGAUAUUUGUCUAUAUAAAUAUCCAAACAUUUUUAUGUCAUCAUGAAUAUCAAGUUGAUCUUGGUGUAUAGCAUAGAGGUUUGUGAUGCAUACUCCGAUGUAAAAAUCCAAACAAUGAGAUGCCCUCACAUUUUUAAAUAUUUGUUUUGUUGCACAGAUCCUGGUGCUUUUUCCAGAAGGUGGGGUUGUAUUUAGGUUUCUUCCAUUUGAGUUUUUUUAUUCAUUGAUGCUCAUUGGGAUUCUACCAAGCUGGACACAGACUGCGUUACUUUAUUCAACAACUGUGGAUUUUGUGUCAAAAUAAAUGCUAACAAGUGCUACUAAA